AGGAGAAUGUGCUGGGGGCCUCUGCAGGAUGGGAGGCUUGGCAAAGAACUCAUUUCCAGGGAUACAUUAAAUUUAGCCCCUGGGCUUGGUCAGGCCAUAGUCAUCUGUGCAUCAAGUUCAGCCCUUCUUGGUCUUUCCACUGGGGUAACUCUUGUGCCAGAUCUAAAGCUCCCACUGCAAUUCUCCUUCCCAUGGGCUGCUCUUUACUGAAAAGGAGGAUUAGCUGUGGAUCUCCUUCCUUUUCACUCCUUCCACGAGUCCAGCUGGACUUCUGAGAGCAAACAGCAACGGCAAAAGCAAAUACUACGUUGGCGCCAACCUUUAAGCUCGGCCCUCAUUUAGGUGCCGAAAUACUUAGGAUUGUUACUUUAACAAGUUUGACAGGCGGUGGAGGGGGAAAGGGGAGGGAGGAGACGAGGAAGGGCCCGCCCCUUUGGAAUUCGAUUGGUUCCCUCUCUCGGUGGAGCCGUCCAUUUCGCAUCUCGGUUGGAUAGGUUGACAGAAACAUGUCAUUAAGGUGUUGUCGAAAUGAGCCCUGUAGGUGUGGGCCGUUCCCUAAGUUUGUGGUUUUCGAUUUUCAAAGGGGCGGACUUCUUAUUGGCUAUGGGAUCAAGUUCCUGAAACUGGUCUUCUAUACCUUGAAAAAUGUCUUCGUAACAGGAGGCGCCAAGGAGCUUAAGUGUAAUUCACACACAGUAGAGAAUAUGACGAAGGUUCCUCGGGGGUUUGAUUUCAGUUUCUUAAACGACGAAGAGGCCAGGAAGAUCCUUCAGGUGCUGGAAAGAAACGAGGAGCUACAGAGGUCAGAGAGGGACAGGAUCAGCAAACUCCAGAAGACAAAGAGGGAUAUCAGAUGGCUUCAGGGAGUGACUGGCGAAUGGUUUGAGGAAAUUCAAAGAAAAAAGUUCUGCAAUGAAACAGAUGUUAGCCAAAUGUUAAAACAACCACUUACAUACAGACUAAGGAAGGGGAUGGCAGAAAAUGAUCCCAUGGAAUUACAAACAUCAAGAUCUAAAGCUACAACUAAUCAAAGAAACCCAACAUCCAUUUCUUCUCGGCUGAGUUUCAGAUCGUCGUUUGCUUCCCUGUUCUCAUUCAGAAAAUCCAGAAAGGAGACUUUAAAGCUUCAGUCGCUGGGACAGAAAGGAUAUGACAGCCACUCAGGACCUCCUGUGUCUGUGAGGCGAACCAUUACGCAGGCAAAAAUACACAGCUCACCUCUGGAAAAUCCACCAGUUGAGAGUGCAUUUGUCCCCAGGCCAACAGGCAUGAGGGAGGGAAGUGGCAUGCCCCAGUGGGAUGCCUCACUGCUGGAAAAUGAGUUUUUCCAAGUUUUAGAUGAUUUGGAUAACAAACUGGCUCAGGAACAGUGUCCAAGCUCAGUGAAUACCACAACACCUCUCAACUAUGGAUCGAGAACACAGUUCAGUCAUUUCUACUCUAGGGGAAACACACAUGGUAAUAUCACAGGACGGCACAAAAACCACUAUAAUGAAACUUCUAAUAUGUCUAUCUAUGACAUCCUGAGGCCAGGAGCCCCUAGGGAAGGUUUUAAAACCUUUUCUCCUAGAACAAAAACAAUUUAUGAUAUGUACAGGACAAGGGAGCCCAGACUCUUAAAAGAAGAUUAUGUGCAAAAGAAUACUUUUGGUAGUACUUCUCUGUGUUUCGACAGCAGGCAACGAUUGGCUUCACCAGCUACAAGAUAUUUCACAGCACGAAGCUUACAUUUUCCAACCAUCACUCAGAACAAGAGUGGGUUUAUACCACCAAGACACCAGCAGAGCCCAAAGAGAACUCCUUUAUCAUCCAUCAUAUGGAAUAGAUCAGAUUCUUCUGGAGAUAGGCAGAGCCAGGAAGAGUUCCUGAGGGCCCCGUCACCCAUGGAGAUUGAUACUGCCGACCAGUAUACGUAUCCCAGGUGUUUUCAGGAGAACAGGAGAUAUGGAUUUUACCGUUCACAGAGUGUUUACCAAGGUGUUCAUUUUAAUGCCCCCAUGGAUAAUGCAAUGAGUCCUGACCCGUUUGAGAACUCAGAGAAUAUGCCAUUCUACCCUCAAGAAAACCCAUUUGCUAGAUCUGUCUCUAGCAACACCUUUGGACGAAACAGGGAACAGAGAUUUAGGCAAAGUCCUUUUUGGGACCAACAGGAAGAACAUUCUUCCUGGUCUGACUUCCAUCAAAGCAGGCAUCCAUUCCCUUCUUCUGACAGAGACUUUGAAAUGAUUUCCACGGAAGCAAAUAGUGCAUUAGCUGCACAUGGCCAUGGUGUUCUUUCUCAACGCUGGGGAUCAUUUUCUUCUAGUUACAGAACAAAUAUGUUCAGAGAUCAAGAAGAGCCACAUCCCUGGCAGUUUGAUUCUCAGACAUCCAUGCUGGAGAGCAUGGAGGUGUCACAAGGUAAUGGGAGCCAGUCAACUCAUUUCGACAUGCCCAAUGUUUGCCCUGUGACUGGUCCAAGCUAUCACAUCACAUCUGGUAGGUCAGUAUGUCAAGAGGGCAGUCCUCCUACAGAAGUCCACAUCAACAAAGAACCUUACUCAUUUGGAAUUGCUCAGACUCUAGUAUCCUCGUUUAAAACUUCCUUCCCCCAGAUUCCUGAUGACAGAGGGAAUCCUCAGGGUCCCAUCUUUCAGAAUCCCACAGUCACUGUGCAGAAAAUUAAGCCUGCCUCUCUUCCAAUAAAAACCUAUACACAAGUCACUGUGACCAAGAGGAAUUCAGUUGAUUCUCCACCUCUUAUUGAAAGCCCACCCGAUAUCUCGGCCAUAGAUGUGAGUCAUGAGAAAGACUUGAAUGAAUCUGUUUUGGAAGAAGAUAAACAACUAAACAAGAUGGACCAGACAAACAUGACAAGUGAAGUACCCCAACCUGAUUCACAGACUGUAAUCUCUAACCCUUCCCCCGAUUUUCGAAAUCCCCUGUCCCAGGACUCAGCUAAGAGCAAAGGAUUUGCUUUGAAUGCAUCUACCACAGUAAGUUCAAAAAGGUCACCCGGAGUCAUUGCCAGGAAAGAUAUAUCCAAAAUUCAUCUAUCACACGGAGAUAAAUCCAAUGAACUAAAAAAAGAUAGGAAUUUUACUGGGAAUAGAAAAGUUGGCUCAGCAACUGCCCUUCCUUUCAUUCAGGAAAGCAGAACAAAGUCUUUUCCCAGCCCAAAUCCAGGUGGUCAUCAGGAAGCAAGAGUAAGCCAUGAAGAUAGUUCAGGCAUUAUUAGAAAUCACCACUGGAGCUCUGCACCUGAUAAUCAAAAUGCACAGUCUCCAGAAAACAGAUCAGCUGCUGGUCACAAGAUCCCAGGGGACUCUUUAGAUCUGUCAUCAGGUAUACCACCUGAUAACUCACCAUCAAAUAAUUCUUCCCUUGAGGCUCUGGCGAUUCCUUCUACAACAGCGUUCUCCAGGAAAGGUCCUUCAGGCAAAGAUCCAUCUUUGGGAGAAGCGGAGCAAAAAGACAAUGAUAGCAAACACCAAAAUGAUCAGUUUGCCCUAAGCUCCUCAGAAAACCCAAAGAGUCAUGAUAAUUGUGUGCUUGUACAUAAUGAGGUGGUUGAUGCUGUCAUAUGCCACUCCCGCCCUCCUUUCAAGGAUGGAAAAGGAAAAGGAAAAAUAAGACGAUGCAUUUCCUGUUUUGAAAAGUUAAGCAAAACGGAAAGCAGAUCGGCACCUACAAGUGAUAACAGUAACCUCAGGGAGAUGAAUCGAAGCAAUUCCAAGCGUCCUGAGGUUCAAACUACUUAUUGUAUCUCACCAAGAAAAUCAGCCAGUUUUCUCAUCAAUAACAGGAAGUCAGAAAGUAAGAUAAUGCCUUCUUCAUUUAGGAAUGAACCACUUCCAUUCCAAAUCAAAAAUAAGGUGGAAGACCCAGGAGGGAAGUACACGUCAAACAAAUUCAGUUCCAGUUCUUCGGAGUCAGAAAGCAGAUGUUCCAAAGCAGUUUCAGUAGCACCUGAAGCCACAAAGAGGAUGACAAAUAUGAAAAACAUUGGAUCUGCUUCUGUUAGAAAAGGACCACCUCCGUUCCUCACCAGGAGGGCUGUGUCAUGUCCUUCAGGGGCACCAGAUGCCUCAAAUGGGAGAGAUGAAAGGGAAGAAUGCUUGGUCUCAAACACAGAUGCUUCUGCUCUAACACUAAGACCUUGGGAGACAAUCAUUAGCCCUCCGGAAAAUAACUCACCUGUUAGCCAUUGUUCUUUACCCAAAGGACACCCCCAAAGGGAAGACUUUCGAGAACACACUGAAAAGGAUUGUAAAGUUGCUGCCUCCAGGACAGGUCUGUUCUCAAAUGAACACCCUUUACCUUUUUCCUCAGACAUGUCAAGAAAAGAAAGUGGGAAAACAUUACAUAAAUUUAAGACUACUAGUAUGUUUUCGGUUUCUGGUGAUGAAGAUAAUGUGAAAUGUCUUGAGGUGGUUUCAAUAUAUUACACUCUGCCGAGGAAAUACAGCAAAAAAUUCUGUAACAUUCUCGAAAAGUAUACACAGCAAAUCGAUUCACUUACAGAGUCAACUAAAGUGGAGACCGAAGCAUUUCCUAAUGCUUUUGAAAAGAACAAACUAAAUUAUUCUACGCAGGAGCAGUCAGGAACACCUCCCUCCGAAGGUCAAAAGAUGCUGGUCAGCUCUGCUCAGGAGAAGAGCUAUUGUGUUUCUCACACCACUGAAGAUACGACUGCUUCACCAGACCGGAGACCCUCAGAGCCCACAUUACAGGAAAUGGCUUCUACUGCAGCAGAUGUUUCUCUUCGUAAAGGAGAAUCGAAAACUGGAGCGAUUUCCCCAGAUAACUUCACUAAAACACCUCUAGGCAAUGCACAGAGCAGAAAGGAGAGAGGGAAAAAAUGGCAGAAUGAAACCCUGCAUGUUUUAUCAAUGCUUCAGGGGAAAAAAGUUACAGAAGAGAAAUCAGAAAACUGUCAGCAGCCCGUUAAAUUGGGUAAUGGUGGUCCUUCUAAUCUUCCAGCCCGUUCAGAAGAGAAUGUUGGAAAUUCCCAAACCGUAAGAAGUUCUGAGGAGUGUGCAGGUGACACUGUGGUCAUUACAGCUCCUGGAACUGCAGAAUGCCUUCAGAAAGAUAUCACAGGCAAAGCUGUGGUUGGUAGCUCCAAUGGAUUGCAGCCGUGGCAGGUCAGAGGGGAAAUUGGAACAGAUUUCCAAAAAGAGACUAUUAAAGCACUUUCUGACUUGGAAAGCCAGGUCUUUGCUCUUCCUCCAGCUUUGCAUGAUCUACACCUUGACGAAGGGACUUGUUCAGGAGAGCCAGAUUUAGACAGUUUGCAGUCUGAACCCAGAGAACUACCGCAAAGGAGUCAGGAGGUAAGUAUGACAGAGAACAGUAAAGCUGAAGACGAAAUGCAAAAGUUGGCAUGGGAUCAACCUUCACUUCCUGAAGGAAGCAAUAAAAAUAAAACCAGCGUGGAUGACCCAGAAAAAGGAAAAAACAGAUCUUUAGUUAAACACAGAUUGGCAGCCAUGUCCAAAGCCAGCAGAAAAUUCUCAGCUAAAGAUUUAAGCCCCAGAAGACAUGUAGCUACUAUCUUCCCCCAAAGUGGGAACAGCUGUGGCUUUGGCAGCCUAUCUCUUGGCACACCAGAGCGCGACCCUCUGUCCCCUGAGCCUACUCCAAAGUCCAGAGAAUCCAGAAAUGAGCGCAGGUUGAGUAGCGAUGUCAUGGAGGCAGAGAAAUCCGAGAACUCUUUCCAGGUUCCUGUAAUAUCCAACAGAGAAGCUUCUACACAGUUAAGCAAUCAGAAGUCUAACGGCAUUUCACAACUACGUCAGAGUGAGUCUAAAAAUAUCUCAGCAUCAUCACCAAAGUAUGAGAAGUCUAAAGAUGUAGCAGCAGCUCAGACCUUGGAAAGAGAGUCAGGAGCCUUGGCCCAACCCACAUUCGCCAGCCGCGGGGAAGCGGACUUCUCUGACCAUCAGAGAAGACUGAACCCUCCUUUUCCACUGGAGCCUGCAGAGAAAUCCAGAGGAAGCAUCCCGUUGGCCACUUACCGGCAGCAACGAAGUGCUUCCUCUCUGGAGUGGGAACCUGAACCACAUCCCUAUCGUUCAAACAGUUUAAAAAGCAUCAGUGUGCACAGUGAUCUGGUACGCAAAAGUCAUCCUCCAAAAGUCAGGGAGCGCCAUUUUUCUGAGAACACGUCUGUUGUCAAUGCCCUGAGUCAGCUGACCCUAGGGAAUGAAUUCUCUAGCGACAGCAGGUACAGUCGAAGAUUCAGAUCCUUUUCUGAGCUUUCCUCCUGUAAUGCAAAUGAUAAUCGGGCUUUGUGCAGUGGCAGGACAAAAAUGGGCCCCAGGUCGGCAACAUCUAUAUCCAGACCCAUUGACUAUGGAAUUUUUGGGAAAGAACAACAGUUGGCUUUCUUGGAGAAUGUAAAGAGGUCACUCACGCAAGGAAGAUUAUGGAAGCCAAGUUUUCUCAAGAACCCUGGUUUCCUGAAAGAUGAUGUAAUUAAUGCUCCUAAUCCAACAGAGCUAUCCAGCUCAAAUUCUCCUCACAGCCAGAUGCCAGAAGAUGCCUUAUCUCCAAGCGCACCACUUAAUAUCUAUGAAGAGAAUCCAGUGGACUCAGACUGUGACACAGACACAACCACGGAUGAUGAAUACUAUCUAGAUGAAAAUGACAAAGAGUCAGAACUGUGAGCCUUCCUCAAUAAAAUGCAUAACCUUUUCCACCAAAAGCUUGUACUGGAAAUGAAGUGUAAAUAUGUAUGCCCUUGAGAAGGACAGUAUAAAACAGAUCUGGUCUGAGCAGCACCUACUCUGAAACAACCCAAAUUCUCUUCCCUCC